CAUAAAAUGAUCUUAUAUUGUAUAACCUUAAUAGAUGUUUGCAUGUCAGGAUAUGAAAAUGAAUUUAUUUGAAUUUCAGGUUUUGAGGGAGAAAUGCACAAGCUACCACACAAGUUAGACCAGUUUACAAGACUGAGUAAGAAUUUAGCUGCCGAAGUGUUGUCAUACCUGUGGUCAGUUAGCCUAGUGUUGUUAGUUAGUUAUUAAAGAACGGAAUUGGAAAGCAGCACAAGAGUAAACAGAGUUCAUGAGCUGUGGAUGUCAAGAGACAGAUACAAUGAAAUAUGUGUGAUUACGUGGCACUUGGGAAAUAAAUAUUUUGUCAGAAUAUACAGCUACAUUUGAAAGGCCAUCAGUGGAGAAAUACUUAAAACAUUUCAGUUUACCUUGGUAUUAUCAAAAUUGCUAAUACAACAACGUAGAAGAAAUAUCGUCAUUGUUUUUUCAGUCAUGGCAUCCUCCCGUGGUCCAGCACUAAAUGAGGAGCUCCAGUGCUCCAUCUGUCUGGAAGUGUUCACUGAUCCAGUCACCACUCCAUGUGGACACAACUUCUGCAGAACCUGCCUGAGCAAGUGCUGGACGAACACUUGGUCCUGCUUCUGUCCAUUCUGUAAAGAAAGAUUCAGCAAAAGACCUGAUCUCAAGAUUAAUACAACACUCAGAGAUGUUGUGCAACACUUCAAGAAGAAGCUCAAUCUAGGAGAAUCUAAAGGGUUCUGUGACUUCUGUGAUGAAAGAAAGCAGAAAGCUGUGAAGUCUUGCCUGACGUGUCAAAGCUCUUACUGUGAUGAUCAUCUGGAGCCUCAUCGCAGAGUCCCACGUCUAAUGAAACACAAACUGAUCAACGCUGUGGAAAAUCUGGAGGAUUAUAUAUGCCAGAAACACGAGAGACCUCUGGAGAUGUUCUGCAGAGAUGAUCAGACGUGUGUUUGUCUGUCCUGCUCUGAAGGAGAACACAGGACUCACAACACUGUUCCUAUAGAGGAGGAGAGUCGAGAGAAGAAGGAUCAGCUGGUUCAGACACAGACAGAUGUUCAUCAGAUGAUCCAGGACAGAAUGAAGAAGAUUCAAGAGAUCAAACACUCACUAGAACUAAGAAAAAAGAACAUGGAGAAAGAGAAAUCAUCCAGUGUUGAGAUCUUCACUGAUCUGAUCCGCUCCUUUGAGAGAUGUCAGUCUGAGCUGCUGAAGAUGAUGGAGGACCAGCAGAAAGAAGCAGAGAAACAGGCUGAAGAUCUCAUUAAAGAGCUGCAGCAAGAAAUCACUGAGCUGAAGAAGAAAAACACUGAGCUGGAGCAGCUCUCACACACUGAUGAUCAUCUCCACCUCAUACAGAUGUACUCACCCCUGUACAGCCGUCGAAAUGCCAAGAACUGGAAUAAGAUCUGGAUUGACUCUGAAGUCAAUGUGAACCCUCUGUAUAAAGCUUUGGCUCAACUGAAGAAAACUCAUAAGACACUAAAUCAAAAACUUAGUCAAACUGGGUUGAAGUGUGUACAGAAGUAUGCAGUGGAUGUGACUCUGGAUCCUAAUACAGCAAAUCCAUAUCUUAUCCUAUCUGAUGAUGGAAAAGAAGUCAGUCAUGGAGACACUGAGCAGAACGUCCCAGAAAACCCAAAGAGAUUUGAUGUCUGUUUUUGUGUUCUGGCAAAGCAGGGAUUCAGUUCAGGGAGAUUUUACUAUGAGGUGCAGGUGAAGGGAAAGACUCAGUGGAGUUUAGGAGUGGCCAGAGAAUCCAUUAACAGGAAGGGGGAGAUCACACUGAGUCCUGAGGAUGGAUACUGGACUGUGACUCAGUUUAUUGAGAAUAAUUUUUUAGUUUUUGAUUAUCUAUGUGUCUCUUUAUCUCUGAGAGUGAAACCUGAGAAGGUGGGAGUGUUUGUGGAUUAUGAGGAGGGUCUGGUCUCUUUUUAUGACGUGGGCACCGGCUCUCAUAUCUACUCUUUCACUAGUCAGACUUUCACUGAGAAACUCUAUCCAUAUUUAAGCUCAUGCCUUAAUAAUGAAGGUAAAAACUCAAAGCCACUGAUCAUCACACCUGUCAGAUAAAAUUAGCAAAUAAAUUCCCCAGACGUUAAACAUUAAACCUGGAAAAUGUAUGUGCUGUUGUUAAGGAUUAAAAUAUGUACAAAGCCAAAAUGAAUCUGCACACCAAAUCAAAAAAUUAGAUUAAUUCAUUAUGCAGUCUACACCAUUUUACUGCAAAGCUGCUGUAGAUUUAAAGAUUGCGUUCUUUUAAUUCAGCUAAGAGUAACGCCGUUAUGCAUCAGUCUUCUAUUGGUCACACAACUUCACAGGGCAGAGUUCACCAAACUUGAACUCUGGAAUGCAGUGAAAUUUACAUGAACUUGUGUUUCCUGACUCACACAUUCACAUACAUAAGAAUGGAAGUCAAUGGAACAAGAAGUGUGACUUACCUUUUAUCUAACUGGGUUAUGCUAACCAUCCAAACCUAAGUAAAAACACUGAAACCAUGGAAACUCAUUUCUAUAAAUAAUGCCAUUUUUUAAUUCAUGUGUGGAUUACAGCUUGUAAUGAGACCAUUUCUGAAGCCAUUUUCUCUCUUUGUUCUCCAGCUGUUAACUUGAAAUGAGAUUUAAAAUGUUGCAGUUCUUCAACUACAGUAUCUGAAUAAAUACAUAUUAAAUUCUGUAACUGAUAUCGCUUGUAUUAAACUGCAUGCUAAUAAAUAUGCAAAUACAAACUGAAGAAUAAACAUCUCACAUAAACAUUUGUACAGAUAGACAGGACAUGACAUUUACCCACCACAGUGUCCUCUAGAGGCUGAAACAGUACAAACACUUCUAAUGGAUGUAGAGUUUCUUUUUGUGAUGAAAAUUACUCAAAUGUAGUGUUUUGAUUUAAGUAAAAGUUGACACAAAAACCCUGAUUAAGGACAUUAAACACAAAUCAUUUUUGUUCUAAAUGAAAUCCAGGUACUUCAGCCAAUAGUUCUAUGAACUAUGAAAAGGUUCUUCCGUUGCGAAAGCACCUUAACUGAUGCAGACCUGAAGGUUGAAAUGUUGUGCUUUCAAUAAAAGUUGUUUGGAGCUUUUCAGUGUACAGACAUCAUGCUUCUUUUUCCCAUACUUUACAGUAACAGCCUAACUACAACCAAAAUGCAACAUAAUGAAAUAUAAAAAUGUUUUAUGCUUGUUACACAUCACAAAUAAGUGGAUCAUGUACAAUCCGAAUUCCGGAAAAAUUGGGCCGCUUUUUAAAUGUGAAUAAAAUGAAAACUAAAGGA